AUGUCUGCUAUGAACAGAAAAGUGAUACAAACUCUCGCUGAAACGAUCUCCAAACAAGUGGAGCACUUCAAUAAAACGGAAGCUGAGUGCCUUAUCCGAGAGUUUAACCUCCUGCUGGGGGAGCCCACCAACAUGGGAGAACAGUCCAGGGCUGGACAGAGCGAGGUUCAGGAGCAUCUGCACCAUACGUUUGACCUGACCGACGACAUAAUAAUGGACGGAGCCUUCAGGGCGUUUGACAAAGACAAUGAUGGCAUUGUCAGUUUGAAAGAGUGGAUCGAGGGACUGUCUGUUCUUCUUCGGGGGACCUUGAAUGAAAAAAUAAAAUACUGCUUUCACGUGUAUGACUUGAAUGGUGACGGCUUCAUCACCAGGAGGAGAUGUUUCGCUUGCUGAAAAAACAGCCUCGUCAGACAGCCAACUGAAGAGGACCCCGAUGAAGGAGUCAAAGACCUGGUGGAGAUCACACUCAAGAAGAUGGACCAUGAUCACGAUGGCAAACUGUCUUUUGAUGACUUUGAGAAGGCAGUGCGAGAGGAGAACCUAUUGCUUGAAGCAUUUGGAACCUGUCUUCCUGACUCCACGAGUGUUGAGGCAUUUGAGCAAUAUGUAUUUCAAGAACAGCUGGAACAAUAAAGAAAGAAACCAUAUUAAUGCA